UUCAAAACAACAAAAGAACACAAAUAUCAGUCAGUCCAACACAACAACAAACACGAAACUCAGCACAGAUCAGAAAAGCACAAUUUGGUGUCUAAUUUCGGCCACGCUAAAUUGAAUUUGUCACUCCUAUCAAUACGUGGCUAAAUUUUCGUGGCAAACUUCCGUUUCUGUGGUAGUGUCAACAUAACAUUGACAUUAGCAUAGAUGUUCAUUGUUCAACUUGCCCACAAUUAUUCCCUUAUUAGACACUACUGAGAAACGCACCAUCUAAUAAUUAUGCCAAAGCAACUUGCAUUCAAAUCUCCAUUCCAAAUCAUCAUUCGCCAUAAUCAUCAACCACACUUCCAGGUUCCAGCAUGGACCCUCGCAUACUGGCCAGUCAUUACAUGGUCCAACUCAGCCGCACCCCCAUCACCCAGAUACUAGCACGUGCCGUCCACGCUCACAUUCUUACCUCUGGCUUUAGGCCAUCCACUUUCAUCCUCAACCGUCUCAUUGAUGUGUAUUGCAAGUCUUCAAAUAUUUGUUAUGCCCGCCAACUGUUUGAUGAAAUUCCCAAACCAGAUAUUGCUGCUAGAACCACUCUGGUUGCGGCGUACUCUUCUAUGGGUAACAUAAGGCUUGCUAAGGAGGUGUUUUAUGCCACCCCUUUGAGAAUUAGAGAUACAGUUAGUUAUAAUUCUAUGAUAACUGCUUAUUCACGUAAUCGUGAUGGGCAUUCUGCUGUUAGGCUCUAUAAAGAAAUGAGGGUGGAGGGGUUUGUGCCAGAUCCAUUUACUUUUGCAAGUGUGCUAAGUGCACUUUCGUUGAUAGCGGAUGAGGAGAGACACUGCCAGCAGCUGCAUUGUGAGGUGAUUAAGUGGGGAGUGGGGUGUGUGGUGUCGGUAUGCAAUGCUUUGAUGAGUGCGUAUGUGAAUUGUGCGAGUUCACCAUUGGUGGUGUCUUCAUCGGUGAUGGCUGCUUCUAGGACGUUGUUUGACGAGAUGGAAGAGAGGGAUGAAUUGUCAUGGACCACUAUUGUUGCUGGGUAUGUAAGGAAUGGUGAUCUUUGUGCGGGGCGCAAGCUUCUCGAUGGGAUGACUGAAAAGAUAGUUGUUGUUUGGAAUGCCAUGAUAUCUGGUUAUGUGCAUCAUGGGCUUUAUGAUGAAGCAUUUGAGUUGUUCAGGAAAAUGCAAUCCAUGGGCAUUAAGUUGGACGAGUAUGCUUACACUAGUAUAAUUAGUGCUACUUCUAAUGCUGGAUUGUUCAGGUUAGGAAGACAGGUGCAUGCUUACAUUCUCAGAACAGAAUUACAACCUUCAGAACAUUUUAUUUUGUCGGUAAAUAAUGCCCUAAUUACGUUCUACACUAAACAUGGUAAAUUGGUUGAGGCAAAGGAAAUUUUUAACAAGAUGCCCAUAAGAGAUCUAAUUUCUUGGAAUUCAAUUUUGUCUGCCUGUGUGAAUGCUCGGCACAUUGAGGAAGCUAACUCCAUUUUCAAGGAGAUGCCAGAGAGGAGUCCCCUGGCAUGGACAGUGAUGAUAUCGGGCUUAGCACAAAAUGGUUUUGGAGAAGAAGGUUUGAAGUUAUUCAACCAGAUGAAGUUAGAGGGACUGGAGCCAUGUGAUUAUGCAUAUGCAGGAGCAAUUACGUCGUGUGCUGUUCUUGGAUCAUUAGACAAUGGACAGCAACUGCAUUCUCAGCUACUCCGUUUGGGACAUGACUCAAGCCUCUCUGCCAGCAAUGCAUUGAUUACAAUGUAUGCAAGAUGUGGUCUUGUUGAAUCUGCCUAUGAUGUGUUCCUCACAAUGCCUUAUGUAGAUUCAGUAUCUUGGAAUGCCAUGAUUGCAGCUCUUGCACAACAUGGAAGGGGUGUCGAAGCCAUUCAACUUUAUGAACAGAUGUUGAAGGAAGAAAUAUUACCUGAUAGGAUAACUUUUCUCACAAUUCUUUCUGCUUGUAGCCAUGCAGGUUUGGUCAAAGAGGGGCGUCAUUAUUUUGAUACAAUGUGUACUUCUUAUGGUAUAACCCCAGGAGAGGAUCAUUAUGCUCGUUUGAUUGAUUUAUUAUGUCGUGCCGGUAUGUUCUUAGAAGCAAAGAGUGUAACUGAAUCAAUGCCUUUUGAGCCCGGUGCACCUAUUUGGGAGGCUCUUCUUGCUGGUUGCCGGAUUCACGGGAAUAUUGAUUUAGGAAUUCAAGUUGCUGAGCAACUCUUUGAGCUAAUGCCACAGCAUGAUGGAACCUACAUAAUCCUGUCCAAUAUGUAUGCCACUUUAGGUCAGUGGGAUGAAGUGGCCAGGGUGAGGAAAUUAAUGAAAGAACGAGGGGUGAAGAAGGAACCUGGUUGUAGUUGGAUCGUGGUUGAAAACAUGGUCCAUGUCUUUUUGGUUGAUGAUGCUGUUCAUCCUGAGGUACUAUCAGUGUACAGAUAUCUAGAGCAACUCGUAAUUGAAAUGAGGAAGUUGGGCUAUGUUCCUGAUACGAAGUUUGUAUUACACGAUAUGGAAUCUGAACAUAAAGAAUAUGCCUUGUCUACUCAUAGUGAAAAACUUGCUGUUGUUUAUGGAAUUAUGAAAAUUUCUCCAGGAGCUCCGAUUCGUGUUUUCAAAAACUUGAGGAUAUGCGGGGAUUGCCAUAAUGCAUUCAAGUUUAUAUCCAGAGUAGUCAAGCGAGAGAUAGUAGUGAGAGAUAGGAAGAGGUUUCACCAUUUUAAAAACGGUGAAUGUUCUUGUGGCGACUACUGGUAACAAAAGGUUAUCUUGUUUGGUUCUCAUCAAUGAUUGCUUUAAUCUCAACACUGGUCAAACAGAUGAAUAUAUAAGUGGAGCAUCUGUUAUCAGGAAUUCAAAUUUGAGAUUGAAAGUAGUCCCCAAAAUGAUCUUGAUCAUGUGUGUGGCAGAAACACCAAGAGCACAGUAUGGUGGAGGCAUUAUAAUAAAUCCAGCAUUUGAUCACAGCACAGAUGGUUGGACAGUAUUUGGAAAUGGUGCUAUCGUGGAACGAAUAUCAAAUGCAGGCAAUAGAUUCAUUGUUUCACGCAACAGGACUCAACCAUCAGAUAGUUUCUCCCAGAAGGUCCAACUUAAGAAAGGAAUGCUAUACAGCUUUAUUGCUUGGUUUCAGCUCAGUGAAGUAAGUGACACUGUGUCAGUUAUAUUUAAAAGAAUGCAACCGAGCUGAUUCAAGGAGGCUACACAAUAACAAAGCAUGGAUGCUGGACUCUGCUAAAAGGUGGCAUAGUUGCCAACUACUCAAGCCCUGCUGAGAUUAUUUUUGAGUUGAAGUGAAAUAACCUGCAUGUUUCCCAGCUUUAAGAACAAGGGGGGAAAAAAUAGUCAAAUGCUCAAAUGGUUCUGGUUUUCUUGUAUUUAGAUAUCUUUCAAAUUUUGUGAAGUGAAAUUGAUUCAACCAUGCAGACCAAGAACUCAAAGGUGGAAAUAUGGGCUGAUAGUGUUUCCUUGCAACCAUUCACCAAAGAGCAACGGAGAUCACAAUAUCACAUCAAGAUGAAAGCAUUGAGAGGGUUCACAAGAUCAAGGUGAGGUUCCAAAUAACACAUAAAAAUGAAAUAGCAUUGGAAGGAGCAAGCGUCUCCAUCAAACAAAGCAAGUCUGAUUUCCCAUUUGAAUGUGGAAUGAACUUCCAUAUCCUCUCAAGCAGCAAUUACCAGAACUGGUUUGCGUCGAGAUUCAAAUAUACAACUUUCACUAAUGCCAUGAAGUGGUAUAGCACAGAGGAAAUUCAAGGCCAAGAGAACGACACCAUAGCGGACGCCAUGAUCGAUUUCACCAAAGAGAAUGGCAUUAGUGUCAGAGGCCAUAACAUUUUCUAGGACAAUGAAAACACGCAGCCUAAAUGGGUCAAGUCCUUCUCUCCUGAUGAGUUUAAGGGAAGCAGCAGAAAAAAGAAUAAAUUCUGUGGUUUCAAGGUCUGAAGGUGAACUCAUUGCACGGGAUGUGGUGAAUGAGAAUCUCCACUUCAGCUUCUUUGAGGAAAACCUUGGUGGAAAUGCUUCUGCAGAGUAUUUUUCUAAAACUUACCAGCUUGAUCCAAAACCAUUAUUGUUCAUGAAUGAGUAUAACACCAUUGAAUAUAGUGGUGAUACGGCUGCUAGCCCAGCUAAUUAUAUUGCGAAAAUGGCGAAGAUUCGGUCAUUUCAAGAAAUGAAGGAAUAUCAGCAGCAACAGGGCUGCAAGGCCAUUUCACUGCUGGCCCGCCAAAUCUUGCUUACACGAGAGCUGCCUUGAUGCUUUUGAUACUACUUCACUUCCAAUAUGGCUCACAGAAGUGAGCGUGGAUUCAGAUCCAAAUCAGCGGGCAGAGAACUUGGAAGAAAUUCUAAGAUAAGGAUACUCUCAUCCUUCUAUUAAAGGGAUCAUCAUUUUUGCCGGUCCGGCAAUAGCUGGUUUCAAGGACAUGGCUCUCACUGAUGAGAAUUUUCAGAACAUUCCGGCCAGUGACAUUGUGGACAAGCUCAUCAGUGAGUGGCAAACUGAGCAUCAGAAAGCCAUAGCAGACAGCACUGGAUUUGUACAUUUUUCACUGCAUCAUGGAGAUUAUGUAACUGUAACACAUCCUCUUGGUCACUCCUCAAAACACUAAAUCUAAGUGUAAGGAAAGAUUCUACACAACAAACCAUCCAUGUCAAAUUGCACUCAUAAGAGAUAUAUCAAACAUGUACAACGUUGAAAGAUCCUGAUAAAAUGUUUUAUGAUAUUAUUUUUGUUGAUUUCAAUAGUCAUGCAAACAAGAAUGAUCAAAGGCGGCCCCCUCCCUCUAAUAUUAUGAAACAAGUAGUGAAUAUAUUUGAAUAUACUUAUUUUAACUUUUAAGUUCAAAUUGUAAAAAUAAAAAAAAUAAAUAAAUAAAAAUAUGAUUUCUUUCCUUAAAGUAUACUGCUUUGUACUUUGAAGCCUAGCACAUUUUCACUUCCCUAACACUAAGCUCUGCUCUGUUUUACUGGUGUGUUCUGCAAUGCAGGCUUAAAUGAUGAGUUUCCAGAUAUUCUUUGAUAUUUAGAUUUGUCUUAUAUGGCUCUUUCCAUAGGGACAAAAGAUGAUAAUAGUAAUACUAUAAACCAUUUUAUUAUGAUCUUUCAACUUUGUACAUGUUUGAUAACUUCUAGGAAUGCAUUUUGACAUGAAUCUUUUGUUGGAUGACUCUUUAGUUAAAUUUAGAUGGUGUGUUUUGGAGGAGUGGCUAAGAUGAUGUGUUAUAGUUACAUUGUAAUCUCAGCAAACGAUAGACUUCUGAUUCAAAAUUAAUAACAAAUAUUAAUUCAACAUGAAUAAUUAACAUCUUAUAAAGUGCUGUCACUAUUAGCAUAAUCUAAGUAUCAGUGAUCACUAUUAUGGGACUUUUCAGAAAAUAUAUUAUACAAGAUCAAAUUAAAAAAAAAAAUGGGAGUGGUCUUAGGCUUCUGAUGAUUAUUUUACAGAAGCCAAUAAGUAGAAUCAGAUUGCAUAAGAUGAUUCCUCAACAGUCACAACAGUGUAACCAAAAGAUGGAUGAGAGAGCCUUAAUUUCAAUAGAUCCUGUGAAUUGGAUGGUUCAAACUAAAAUUUUACCUUUUUUUGUCCAAAAGUGCAAAAUACUUAUGUUUUGUCCAACAAUCAAAGUCAUUGUUACUCAAGUUUCUCUUGAUUUUCUGUUUAAGCUUUUCUUUUGCGUGCUUGUUAAGGGUGGUGUAGCAAUAAUCCAUUCUUCGAUAUGCCAGUUGUCUGGCGCUAAUCCUAAUCCUCUCUGCUAAUGGAGUGGUAAGCGGCAAGUUGGAAACAGAGAACGCAUUGCUAAAGGUCUAAGCAGCACACAAAGCCAUUCUGAAAUGGGAAUUAACAAAAUUUGGUGUCUAUGUUCUUGUUCUUAGCUAGUAUGCAAGUGAAAGAUGAGGUCAAUGAUCAACAUAUAGCCUCUUUAUUAUGAAGUCUGCUGAACUAUCUGAUUGAAGUUUGAUUCUCUAUACCAAUGAGUUUUUUGCACUUCCUCAAUGGAUUGGCGAAGACUUUGAAUUGCUUGAACCAGUGAUCUACUUCACCCAUGAACUUGGUAUGUCAAGGCUAUGAGAUAUCUGCAGUCCAAAUAUAACAAUGAUUUCCACCGUGAUCAUGAACAUAUACACCACAUGUUGCCGCGGCGGAGUCUGUGACCGUACGAUUGGCAUCGAUUUUCAUCCAUGGUUGAGAAGGAGGAAACCAAGCUAUAUGUAUCAGAUUCACUAGGUGGAACUUGCUCGGUCAAAUCCUUAUUCAAAUCCAUUUUUCAGAUUCACUUUUUGCUUUUGUUGACUUUUGGCCGAUGCUUGAUUCGGAUUUGUUUUUGGCAUUGUCCAUUGCGCCCUGCUUUUGGUGAAGAUGAUUUCCAAGUUUGCUUUGAGAACCCACAUUCUUAGUAAGGAUAAACGAUUUCAGAAUUGACUGGAAAAUGCCAGAGAUUGGGCAAUUAGCCGAAGUAGAUUUUGGGGGACUCCUCUCCCUUUAUGGAUUAGUGAUGGAGGCAACCAGUUUGUGACAACUUUGCUUGAUUCCUUAGUGUUCAAAGACUAAUAAUAGAUCAUUUGUUGAAACAGAACCAUGCAGAAAGUUGAUAGCUAACAUAUCUUUGAAUUUAUUGAUUGAUGGAUUUCUAUGCCAUAAUUAAAUUGAACAGUGUACAUAACCUAAAUUGAUUUCUAAAAUUUCAGUAUAUUAUGUUUUAAAAUUUCAUUUUGUUCAUAAGGCGAUCCUUAUCCUUUAGUUGUUCUUAAUGCUAUAAUUGUUGUCGAAUUUAGAUGAUAAGGUUGACAAAAUAAUCAUUUUAGUUUUUUUUUUUUUAAAGUAAGCCAAAAUUUAUAUUUAAGCAUGUCUACUUGAUGAGGAAAACCAAAAUGUUGAUUCAGGUAGGAUUUGCAAGAAGGGCACUGAAAGAUCCAAAUGUGAGGAUGGCUCAUAGUUAGGCCUUAGCUUUUCCUUUUCAGUUAUGUUAGUAGUUGGUAGCG